AUGUCGGGAUUAAAUUCUACAGACACCAACGGGCGGUCCAUGGAAUCGCGAGUUGGCAGAAGUAAACAACUCUACAAUUCCAAAGGCUUCAGACGCGUCGCUGGCGUCGUCCCCCUCUCGCCAGACAAGGAGCGCGUCCUGCUCAUCCGGUCAAAGCCGACCGAGUCGAAGCUGACUGAGUCGACCGGGUCAACCGAGUCGACCAAGGGUUGGGUUCUUCCCAAGGGCGGUUGGGAGAGUGACGAGACGUGUCAGCAGGCCGCCGUCCGCGAGGCGUGGGAGGAAGCCGGUAUCGAGGUCGAGGUCGAGGCGUCGCCCGACAUUAUCGAGGAGCAGCAUUGCCGCAAACUGUCCAAGGGCCAAAGCGAGUACAACUUCUUCCAAGGCACCGUCCUCGAACGGCACGACAAGUGGCCCGAGCACGAGAAGCGUGAGCGCGAGUGGUUUACCAUUUCCCAGGCCAUGGAGAUCCUGAAAACCCGACCUGAGUUGCAAGAGGCCCUGAAGAGCUCUAUCCUGUCACAUGCUGUCGAGGCCCUGACGCCACAGCCUGAGCGGCAAGAGGCCCUGAAAAGCGCUAUCGCGGCUCGGAAAAGCUCUAUUGCGGCCCUGAACGACUCUCUGGCGGCUGGGAAAAGCUCUACUGCGGCCUUGAAAAACGGGCCUGAACCGCAAGAGGCGCUGGAAUGCUCCAUCGAGGCCCUACAAGCCUCUAUCACGGCUCUGAAGAGCUCUAUCUUUUCACAGGCUAUCGAGGCCUUGAAAAACCGACCUGAUCUGCAAGUGCUUCUGAAAGAAUUCCAAAAUUAA